UGUUGGUGUUUCACACACACGCUACAGCGACGCUGUUUCUGCUCCUCUGGACUGAACAUGUUCAUCAGCCUCUGGACCGUCACAAACACUCACACACACGCUCGCACACACAUACGCACACACGCUUGCACACACACACUCGCACGCACACGCACACACACUCGCACACACACACUCGCACGCACACACUCACUCGCUCCACACGCUCUCACACACGCUCUCACACACACUCGCGCUCCUUCCCCCCUUCCCUGAGGAACAUUUUGGGUUUUUGCUUCAAAUGUCUUUGCUUUAAUGGGAAUAAAACACAUUUACAUUGUGAGCAAUACUGCAAGUUUACAACUCUGGGAGAAAUCUACAGAACCCACAGAACCCACAGAACCUACAGAACCUACAGAACCCACAGAACCUCGUUUACAUGAGGGAAAAGAAAAGCUUUUUGCAGGAUAUUCGGAGACUCACUGUUAACUGUAACAGAAGAGCUGCCGCGUGACGCCACACGUCCGUUUUAAUCGUCACAAACCUCGAGGAUUUAAAACAAAAAUUGUUAAAGGAAAACUAAAAAGUGUGCGAAGCUGCUGUCUACGUGGACCGGUGCUGAAGUCUCGCGCCUCGUGGCCAAGAGGAGCUUGAGCUCAGCCAAAUCCAGAGAAAUGGCGACAAACGGCGCUAAAAACGCCACGGCAGACGGACAGGUGGCGAUGGAGCUGAACGAGGUCACGACCCACGACAGAUCCAAACUGGAGGAGGUACAGGAAGAACAGAAUGAUGACAAGAAGAAGAAGAAGAAAGAAAUUCCUGACAGGGAAACAUGGGCGGGGAAGUUCGACUUCCUGCUGUCUUGCGUAGGAUACGCCAUCGGGCUCGGAAACGUGUGGAGAUUCCCGUACCUGUGCGGGAAAAAUGGCGGAGGAGCUUUCUUGAUUCCUUACUUUCUGACCCUCAUAUUUGCUGGAAUGCCUUUGUUUCUCCUCGAGUGUGCACUCGGUCAGUACACGUCCAUCGGCGGACUCGGAGUGUGGAAGCUGGCGCCGAUGUUCAAAGGAGUUGGCCUCGCUGCAGCCGUGCUCUCCUUCUGGCUCAACAUUUACUACAUCGUGAUCAUAGCUUGGGCUUUGUAUUACCUGUACAACUCCUUCACUACGGAUCUUCCAUGGAAAUCCUGUAACAAUCCCUGGAACACAGAGAAAUGUUUCACAAACUACAGCAUUGCAGACACCACCAACCUGACCAGCGCCGUCAUGGAGUUUUGGGAACGCAAUGUACAUAACAUGACUGACGGUUUGGAAAAACCGGGGCAGAUCCGCGUCCCGCUAGCUAUAACUCUGGCCAUCGCGUGGGUCCUCGUGUACUUCUGUAUCUGGAAAGGCGUUCGUUGGACUGGAAAGGUUGUGUAUUUCUCAGCCACCUAUCCCUACUUCAUGUUAUUUAUUCUGUUCAUCCGCGGAGUCACGCUUCCAGGCGCGAAAGAAGGAAUUCUGUUCUACAUCACACCUGAUUUUGAGAAGCUUAAAGAGUCGGAGGUCUGGCUGGAUGCUGCGACUCAGAUCUUCUUCUCCUACGGUUUGGGGCUCGGCUCUCUGAUCGCGCUCGGCAGCUACAACCCUUUCAACAACAAUGUUUACAGAGACUCGGUCAUCGUGUGCCUUAUAAACUCAUCCACCAGUAUGUUUGCCGGAUUUGUCAUUUUCUCCAUCGUGGGUUUCAUGGCUCACGUGACGAAGAGACCGAUAGCUGACGUAGCUGCUUCAGGUCCAGGCUUGGCGUUUUUAGCGUAUCCUGAAGCCGUGACGCAGUUACCCAUCUCUCCGCUGUGGGCCAUCCUCUUCUUCUCCAUGCUGCUCAUGCUGGGAAUCGACAGCCAGUUCUGUACGGUGGAAGGCUUCAUCACCGCUCUGGUGGACGAGUUCCCGGCGCGCCUGAGGAAAAGACGAGAGAUUUUCAUCGCGUGUGUGUGCGUCGUGUCGUAUAUAAUCGGCCUCUCCAAUAUCACGCAGGGCGGCCUUUACGUCUUCAAACUCUUCGAUUAUUACUCUGCCAGUGGCAUGUCUCUCCUGUUCCUGGUUUUCUUCGAGUGUAUCUCCAUCUCCUGGUGUUACGGUGUGAAUAAAUUCUACAGUAACAUCGAGGAGAUGAUCGGAUAUAAACCCUGCAUAUGGUGGAAACUCUGCUGGGUGUUUUUCACUCCUCUGGUUGUUGCAGGAGUGUUUCUGUUCAGCGCCGUCCAAAUGGUUCCUCUCAAAAUGAAUAACUACGUGUUCCCGGCGUGGGGUCAGGGGGUCGGCUGGUUCAUGGCGCUCUCCUCCAUGGUCCUCAUCCCAGGAUACAUGGCCUACAUGUUCCUCACCACCAGAGCGAAAUCUAAAGAGGAUGUGAAGUCGGUGCGAUCUCAGGAGAACAGACCUGAACAGCAGCAGCAGGGUGAAAACGCCAUCGCCGUGUACUCCACCAACGCACACGGCCCGACCCGAGAGCAAUCGCCGAGCGCGUAAACGCCCCGACCCGAGAGCAAUCGCCGAGCAACAGCACAGAGGACUUCCAUCUUUCUACAGUAAUAGAGUCAUCUACCUCCAGGGGCCACUCACCAUCCACUUCAAUCUAAUAAUAAUAAUAAUAAUAAUAAUAAUAAUAAUAAUAAUAUAUAAAUGUGGAACAGUUUGUCUUUGCCUUUUGCAGGUGUCGGUGUAGGGGUUAAAAACGCAAAUGCAAAGUGUGUUAGUGUUAAAAAAAAAAAAAAAAAAAAAGGAAUUGUAUUUUAAAAGUGUUCUGUAAACGAGUGAAUCUGUUCAUCGUGUUGAAACUGUGAGUCCGAUCAGAGCACCGAGCUUCGUGUAGCGACGUGCCGAUAUCUCCGUUUUCAACAUGCACAAUAUAGCGAUCAUGGAGAAGGUCAAAUUGUGUUGCAUUUCAGGACUUUCAGCAUGUUUCAGCACGUUCUGGUAUUUUACAGCAUUUUCAACCCUUUUCCUGCGUUUUUCUGUAUUAAGUAUUUUUAUCAUAUUUUGGCAUUUUUAUGCAUUUUUGUAUUUUUUUGGAAUUUGCAGCAUUUUUCAGUAUUUUACUGCAAUCAUUUUGCUUUUUUUUUUUUUUUUUCAGUAUUUUCUGGCACUUUUUUUGGCAUUCUUCAGGAUUUUCAACAAUUUUUUGCAAUUUUAAUUUUCUUUAUGUUUGCAUCAUUUUUUGUAUUAUUCUGCAUUUUUGACAUUUCGACAAUUUUCCACAUUUUUUAAGCAUUGCUCCCGUUUUGAAGAUCCCGUUAUCAUAAGAACUAAUUUAAGAUUAGUAAUAAUAUUUAUUAAUGAUAUUUAUCGCGUAUACGUCUUUCUUAACGAAGGCAAUUACAACGUCCCAGAGUUUAAAAUGCACAUAAACAAUUUAAAGUGUAUAAUUUUGAGUAAUACGAUAUUCUGUCAACAUUUGGAAAGUUUGAUCAGUUAUUGUGAUGUGAAAACUGAAUGUCGGCACAGAGCGACUGAGACAGGAUAAAAAACUCCAAAACACACAGAAAGAAAAAGAUCUUAACGAAGAAAUAAAUGAUAACAUUAGCAGUCAAUGUUAAUCGAUGUUAAGUGCAGAAAUGAGAAGGUGAGGAGGUGAGACGUGAGAAGGUGAGAGCCGAGCUGUACUGUAACGACGAGCGUUAUUCUCUAAUAUAAAGCACAAACACAAAGCCCUUGGACUCAUUUAUUUGUCAUCUGAUAUUUUUGUUAGAGAGACUGUUACUAUUUUAUUUUUCUGGAAAAUAGAAGAAAAAAAACUGCUAGAAAAUCUACUUGUAUGUGAUCAAAAUUGUUUUUAGAGACUUUUUAGGAUGUUUUGUACUUUAAUGUUGUGAUCGAGGACCAAAAUCAAAAAGCAAAAACAUAUCUAUGCCAUUCAGUGUGUAGAUCAUAAAGGACAGGGUAAAAAAAAAAAGUAUUAAAUAUACAAAAAAAUAAAGAAAAAACAGGGUUUUUAGCGUCAGCGUCCGUCUGUUGAUCAGUUGCUGUCACCUCAGUCCUGUUUACGCUCACAUGCUUCUGAGACGAAGAGAAAAUCUCCGAAUUGAACUGAUUUAUUGAGUUUAAUAUCAGAUUCAAGAGAAACUAAACUGAAUUCAAGAUGAAAUUAAUUUGGCAUUGAAAAAAAAAAUCAUAACAAAUUUAUAAAAUGAUCAGUAGAAAAUUCAGCGCUUUAUAUUCAUGUCAGUGUGAACAGUCUGAGUAAAAAUGUAGGAAAUUCAUCUAAAAAAAAAAAAAUCUGGAUUUAAUCAACAAUCAAAUCUGGCCAAUCAGAACACAUCUCUGACAUUUAAAUGAAAAAAUCCAGGUAUUGGUCUCAGCCAAUCAUAUGCUAUUUCUGUACACUGGAUAAUUAUUCAUUCUCAAUAUUCAUCAUCUUGCUCUGGCUUGUUGUAAGAUUUAUAUUUCACUCGCUGCAUGCACAAAGCACAUUUUAAUACCAUUCUAAAUAAAAUUUAAAAAAAAAGACAAACAGCUGAAUAAAAAUCAUCCAAAAUUAUCUGGAAUCAAAUUUCAGUGCACCUUUAUAAUCACUUUUUGUUUAUACAUAAAUAUAUAAAAGGAUUUUUUUUUCCAUUUUCUGAAUUUUAACUCAUUUACUAAAAUAUUUAAAUAGAUUUUUUUUAAUGAUGUCAUCAUAGGUGCACAUUGUUGAUAGUUUUUGUUAGCUAGUUAGGAUUUUGUAGCUAAUUUUGUCCUUAGGAAUAUAUUUUUACUACCUAGUUUUUCAGGUUAAUUUUUAUUUACAGUAAUAAUAACACUAUAAUCCUUUUUUCUCCCUUUUUAAGGUUUUCUUAGAUGGGAAUAUUUAAGCUUUUGACCUGAGAUGUGUUCUGAUUCGCUAGGAUUAAAUCUGGAUUUUUACACACCUGAAUUUCUAAUUAAUUUAAAAAAAAAAAGUUUUUACAACCACCUGAAAGAAAAGCUGCCAAAUUUAUUUCCUACUCCAUGUAUUUCAACAAUAAAUAAAUAAAUUCAAGUGUCAAUUUCCUGCUACUUGUUUAAAAACAUUUAAUUAAUUAAUUGCAAAUUCUCACGAAAUGUCUCAAUAUCUCAAUAAAAAAGAAUUUAAGCAUCAUAGAUGGAGUUGAAUCUGACAGAAUGACGUGAAGAUGUAGUUCAUUUAUGUGCCAAACUGUUAGACCAUAUCUGUGAAACAAACAAACAAACAAAAAAGUAUUAGCACCUCUGUUUAAGUUUACAUGAGAAACGUGGGUGAAAUUUUCUGGAAAAGCACAAAUGAUCUAUAAUUCUAGAUUUCCGAGUUUUAGGUUGAGAAAAAAUGUAUUUUGCUGAAGUUCGUUUGUUUGUGGAGAAAGCGUGAAGGUUUUAUUUCCCUGUGCAGAGAGACGGGGUUUAUUAUAAUUAGAUAUGUUCUGUUCCCUGUCUGUGGGCGGAGUUAGGCAGAAUUGGGCGGGGUUAUAUGGAGCUGGGUAGAAUUGGGCGGAGUUAGGCAUAAUUGGGAAGAGUUAGGCAGAGUUAGGGAGAAUUGGGUGGAAUUAGGUGAAGGUGGGCAGAAUUGGGCGAAGUUAGAUGGAAUUGGGUAGAACUAGGUGGAGUUAGGUGAAAAUGGGUGGAGAUGGCCAGAAUUGGGCGGAGUUAGGGAGCGUUAGGCAGAAUUGGGCGGAGUUAGGGAGCGUUAGGCAGAAUUGGGCGGAGUUAGAUGGAGCUGGGUAGAAUUGGGUGGAGUUAGGCAUAAUUGGGAAGAGUUAGACAGAGUUAGGGAGAAUUGGGUGGAGCUAGGUGGAACUGGGCAAAGUUGGGCAGAAUUGGGCGGAGUUGGGCGGAGUUGGGCAGAAUUGGGCGGAGUUGGGCAGAAUUGGGUGGAGUUGGGCAGAAUUGGGUGGAGCUAGGUGGAAUUGGGCAAAGUUGGGCAGAAUUGGGCGGAGUUAGGCAGAGCUAGGCAGAAUUGGGCGGAGUUAGAUGGAGCUGGGUAGAAUUGGGUGGAGUUAGGCAUAGUUGGGAAGAGUUAGACAGAAUUAGGGAGAAUUGGGUGGAGUUGGGAAGAAUUGGGUGGAGUUGGGCAGAAUUGGGCGGAGUUGGGCGGAGUUAGGAUGAUGCAGAGUUGGGCGGAGUUAGGAUGAUGCAGAGUUGGGCGGAGUUAGGAUGAUGAUGAUGAUGACGAGUUAGUUUGCGUUUUACGGCAGCUACGUGUGAAAGACGAGAGUUUCAAUCAGAAGCUGUUCACUCCUCGGACAGAAGCACCUGCGACAUGUGACACAGCUGCGUCCUGCGAUUUGUAUAAACCUUCCUGUUCUCUCUCUCUGGAGCUUUAUUGUAAAACGGUGUCGUGUUAAACAUGUACCUGUGAGCGUCUGUACUUCUCUGGAAGUUUCUGUCUAAAUGUUGCAGCAUUCAAAAGAUAAAAUUACUGUUUUUUUCUGCAAUAAUAUUUUGAUCUUUGAAACUGAAGCACAUAUGAGAAGUGACAAUGAUUAUAAAAAAUAUUAUUUAAAAAUUAUUCUGACAGAUAGAAUUUAUGUCUAGUAAUAAAAUCAUAUUGUUUUGUAUAUUUUUAACUGUUACACUGCCUACAACGUGUCACACACACGAUAUGUAUUUAAAUGUGUCAUAUGAUAAAGCACGAUUGUCAUGUUAUAAA